GCGUCGCCAUCAUGGCGGGCAGGGGUUCCUGCCGCGUCCCGGAGCGGUGGACCCAGUACAGCCCCCUGGGCCGCAGGAUGGCCGGCACGCGCUUCGUGGCCUUCAAGGUGCCCCUGAGGAAGAGCUUUGAGCAGAACCUGCUGCCAGAGCAGAGGUUUUCCCCCCGGGACCUCCUCAGGAAGGUGCAGGAGAGGAAGGAGGAGCUGGGGCUGAUCAUCGACCUCACCUACACCACGCGCUACUACAGCAGGGGGGACCUGCCCCCCUCCAUGCGCUACUGCAAGAUCCUGACCAGGGGCCACGAGAUCCCCAACAGGAAAAGCUUCCUGAGGUUCAGGUCCCUGGUGAGGAGGUUCCUGAUGGCCAACAGGGACAAUGAUAAACUCAUCGGGGUGCACUGCACACACGGCCUCAACAGGACUGGCUACCUGGUCUGCAGGUACCUGAUUGAGGUUGAAGGCAUGGAGCCCAAUGCUGCCAUAGAAUUGUUCAACACGGCUCGAGGGCACCCCAUGGAGAGACCCAACUACAUCCAGGACCUGCAGAGGAGAGCCCCGGGCAGCUGUGAGCUGCAGGAUGUGGGCUCAGAUGUGAGCAAGGAGAGCAGGGCCCCAGCACAGCCCCAGAAGCUCCCCCAGCCCCCCCUGGCAGUGCCCAGGAGCAGCAGCAGUGGCAGGCAGAGGCAGGAAGAGCAGAAAAAUCUGGAGCAGAGGAAGCAGAAAAAGCAGAAUCAUCAGGAGAGAGAACAUCAGGAAGAGAGGAAACAGAAAAAGCAGAAUUAUCUGGAGAGAGAACAUCAGGAAGAGAGGAAACAGAAAAAGCAGAAUCAUCAGGAGAGAGAACAUCAGGAAGAGAGGAAACAGAAAAAGCAGAAUUAUCUGGAGAGAGAACAUCAGGAAGAGAGGAAACAGAAAAAGCAGAAUCAUCAGGAGAUGGAACAUCAGGAAGAGAGGAAACAGAAAAAGCAGAAUUAUCUGGAGAGAGAACAUCAGGAAGAGAGGAAACAGAAAAAGCAGAAUUAUCUGGAGAGAGAACAUCAGGAAGAGAGGAAACAGAAAAAGCAGAAUCAUCAGGAGCAGAACCAUCUGGAGAUGGAGCAUCAGGAAGAGAGGAAACAGAAGAAGCUGGAGCAUCUGGAGACAGAGCAAUUGGAGGAAGGGAAGCAGAAUCAUCAGGAGCAGAGGAAGCAGAAAAAGCUGAAACAUCUGGAGCAGAACCACCUGGAGCAGAGGAAACAGAAAAAGCAGAAUCACCUGGAGCUGGAACAUCUGGAAAUGGAGCAUCAGGAGCAGAAAAAGCAGAAGAAUCUGGAACAGAAUAAUCUGGAAAUGGAGCAUCAGGAGCAGACGGAGCAGAAUCAUCUGGAACAAAGGAAGCAGAAGAAGCUGGAGCUCCAGGAGAAUCUGGAGCAGAGGAAACAAAAGAAGGUGGAACAGCAGAGGCAGAAUCAUCUGGAGCAGAGGAAGCAGAAGAAGCUGAAACACCUGGAGCUGGGGCAUCAGAAGCAAAGGAAGCAGAAACAGCAGGAACGGAAUCAUGUGGAGCUGGAACGUCUGGAAAUGGAACAUCAGGAGCAGAGGGAACAUCAGGGGCAGAAUCAUCUGGAACAGAGGAAGCAGAAAAAUCUGGAACAUCAGGAGCAGAAUCAUCUGGAAAUGGAGCAUCAGGAGAGAAGGAAGCAGAAAAAGCAGAGACAUCAGGAACAGAAUCUGGAGCAGGAGCAUCAUGAGCAGAGGAAGCAGAAAAAGCUGGAACAUCUGGAGAUGGAGCAUCAGGAGCAGAGGAAGCAGAAGGAGCAGAAUCAGGAGCAGAGGAAGCAGAAAAAGCUGAAACAUCAGGAGCAGAACCAUCUGCAAAUAGAGCAUCGGGAGCAGAGGAAGCAGAAAAAAUUGGAAUGUCAGGAACAGAAUCAUCUGGAGAUGGAGCAUCCAGAGCUGAAGCAGCAGAAAAAGCUGGAACAUCUGGAGAUGGAACAUCAGAAGCAGAAGAAGCAGAAGAAGCUGGAACAUCUGGAGACGGAGCAUCAGGAGAAAAGGAAGCAGAAGGAGCAGAAUCACCUGGAGCAGAGGAAGCAAAAAAAGCAGAAACAUCAGGAACAGAAUCAUCUGGAACAGAACCAUCUGGAGAUGGAGCAUCAGGAGCAGAGGAAAGAGAAGAAACAGAAACAUCUGGAGCAGAAGCAGCAGAAUAAUUUGGAACAGAAUCAUCUGGAACAGAAUCAUCUGGAGGUGGAGCAUCAGGAGCAGAGGAAGCAGAAAAAUCUGGAGCUCCAGGAGCAUCUUGAGCAGAAGAAGCAGAGAAAGCUGAACCAUCAGGAGCAGGGGAAACAGAAGAAACAGAAACAUCUGGAGCAGAGUGAUCUGGAGAUGGAGCAGCAGGAGCAGAGGAAGCAGAAAAAGCUGGACAAGAGACAGCAGAGGAAACAGAAUCAGCAGGAGCAGAAGAAGCAGAAUUCCCUGGAGCAGGAUUCUCUGGAGCAGAAUUUUUUGGACCACAAUAAUCAGGAGCAGGGGAGCUACCGCUGUGACGUCACGCACAACGUGGUGCGGAAGCCGCUUCGCAACCGGGCGGAACCCCGUGCCGUCCCGCAGCCAUGCCCGGCCCGUCGGGCAGUGCCAGCCUGGCACCCGAGGAGCGGGUGCGGCGGCUGGUGCGGGCGGGCAGCCUGGUGCAGGUGA